AUGACUACACCAUCGGAAGAUCGUAAGAGGAUGAAGGUUGAGAAGAAAGCGGAUGAAGAUUUAUUGUCAGAAGAGGAUUUGGCUCUUAAGCAACGAUUAGAGCUAUAUGUUGAAAGGGUUCAAGAUCCAUCGCCUGAGGUGCAGAAACUAGCGUUAGAAAGUAUGGGGCAUGAGAUUCGAAACUCAACUAGCUCAAUGACUUCUGUGCCGAAACCACUUAAGUUUCUCAGGCCCCAUUAUGGAACCCUAAAAACUUAUUUGGCAACAAUGGGAGGAGAUUCAGAAUUGAAGAGAUAUCUUGCCGAAAUACUAUCAGUUUUGGCUAUGACCAUGUCUGCCGAUGGAGAACGGGAGAGCCUUAGAUAUAGAUUGUUGGGUUCAGCGGGAGAUGUUUGUUCUUGGGGUCAUGAAUAUGUUCGUAACCUUGCGGGUGAAAUCUCACAAGAAUACAAGAUGCGACUUCUGCAGAAUGAAGAUGUGCCGACGGAAGAUUUGAUGGAGCUUGUGCAACAAAUUGUUGCAUUCAACAUGAAGCACAAUGCGGAGACUGACGCUGUCGAUCUUUUAAUGGAGGUUGAGGACCUUAAUUUGUUAAUUGAUCAUGUUGACGCUGCGAGUUACAAAAAGACAUCCAUGUACCUUACUAGUGUGGCGAUUCAUCUACCUGGACCUGAUGAUCAGUUGGUUCUAGGUAUAGCUUACGCUAUUUAUCUCAAGUUCGGCGCGUACUCUUUAGCUCUUUGGGUUGCAAUCCGGAUGGAUAAUUUGAGGUAUGUCAAGCAGUUGUUUACAGUCUGUAAUGAUAUUCAACAAAAACAGCAGUUUUGUUAUAUACUUGCACGACAUGGUGUUCACUUUCUGCUGGAUGGGAAUAUGGUUUUCGAUGAUGACGAAAGGGAGUCGUGUCAGGAAAUAAUCAACAAUAUGAAAUUAAGUGAAGGUUACCUUAACCUUGCUCGUGAUAUUGAUGUUAUGGAAGCUAAGUCUCCUGAAGAUAUUUACAAGACGCAUUUGAUUGACGGCGGGGCUGCUGCUGGAGCAAGUGUUGAUUCAGCCAGGCAGAAUUUAGCUGCUACAUUUGUGAAUGCAUUUGUCAAUGCUGGUUUUGGUCAGGAUAAGUUAAUGAUUCCUUCAGACGCUUCAAGUGGUGGCACUACAGGAAGUUGGCUAUUUAAGAAUAAGGAACAUGGCAAGGCUAGUGCAGCAGCAAGUCUGGGUAUGAUUUUGUCAUGGGAUGUGGACAAUGGGCUUUCACAACUUGAUAGAUAUUUCCACAGUGAUGAUCCGCAUGUGAUUUCUGGUGCAUUAUUAGGUGUUGGGAUUGUGAAUUCCAGCAUCAAACACGAAUGUGAUCCUGCAAUGGCACUUCUUUCUGACUAUGUAAAUAAAGAAGAUCCAUCAGUCCGCAUUGGAGCAAUUAUGGGGCUAGGUUUAGCAUAUGCAGGAACCCAGAAUGAUCAGAUAUAUCAGCAAUUAUCUCCGAUUCUCGGUGAUUCAAAUGCGCCAUUGGAUGUGAUUGCAUUUACUGCAAUCUCAUUGGGAUUGGUCUUCGUUGGUUCGUGUAACGAAGAUGUUGCUCAGUUCAUUAUUUUGGCCUUGAUGGAUCGUAGUGAGGCUGAUCUUGGGGAGCCUCUCACUCGACUUCUACCACUUGGUCUUGGUCUUCUGUAUCUCGGGAAGCAGGAAAAUGCAGAAGCUACUUCAGAAGUUUCCAAGACAUUUCAUGAAAAGAUAAAGAAGUACUGUGAUAUGACCUUAUUAUCUUGUGCCUAUGCUGGAACCGGGAAUGUCCUCAAGAUUCAGCAACUUCUGGGGGAAUGUUGUCAACAUCUUGAGAAGGGUGAGACCCAUCUAGGACCUGCUGUGAUUGGAAUAGCUAUGAUAGCAAUGGCAGAAGAACUGGGACUUGAUAUGGCAAUUCGAUCGCUAGAGCACAUGCUGCAUUUUGGAGAGCAGAGUACCCGCCAUGCAGUCGCUUUGGCUCUUGGUCUUUUCUGCACCUCAAACCCAAAGGUGAAUGUUAUGGACACAUUAAGCAGGCUUAGCCAUGACGCAGACUCAGAAGUCGCGAUGGCAGCCAUUAUAUCAUUAGGGUUGAUAGGUGCUGGCACCAACAAUGCUCGUUUGGCUGGCAUGCUUCGUAAUCUUUCAAGUUAUUACAACAAAGACGCCAGCCUCUUAUUUGGCGUACGGAUUGCUCAAGGUCUCGUACAUAUGGGAAAGGGUUUACUCACACUUUCUCCUUACCAUUCCGAGCGGUUCUUACUCUCCCCGACGGCGCUUGCUGGAUUAAUCAUAAUGCUCCAUACUUGCCUUGACAUGAAAACUUUCAUUCUUGGGAAGUACCAUUAUGUCCUUUAUUUUCUGGCUCUAGCCAUGAAGCCAAGAAUGUUGAUGACUGUAGAUGAGAAUCAAAAUCCAUUGUCAGUGUCAGUAAGAGUUGGGCAAGCUGUUGACGUGGUUGGUCAGGCUGGUCGGCCCAAGACUAUCACCGGAUUCCAGACACAUUCGACGCCAGUUCUUUUAGCUGCGGGUGAUAGAGCCGAGCUCGCUACUGACAAGUACAUUCCCCUUUCACCCAUUCUUGAAGGAUUUGUCAUCCUCAGAGAAAACCCAGAUUACCAUGACGACAGGCAAUUAGACCAAGUUUAA